AUCCACUGCCACCGCCCAAAAUCAUCACGCAAGAACAAAUACCGCUGCGUUGCGGGAAGUGCGAACUGAAAAGCUCCAUGAAGCAGGAGAGAAUGAGGUACGGGGACCUCCUUGAAAAGAAAGCGCAUUUAGACGAGCACUUAGAGGAUCUCCGCGAGGAAGGCAAGACGGUUGAGGAGGAUGGGAGUGCCAGGUUGCUGACGGUGCAGCAGAUGGAAGGGAGUCUGCCGGAGAUUUGGGAGACUUAUAGGGAGACUGAGGAGAUGAUUCUGGCUGCCGAGGUGGAGAUCGAGGAGCUGAAGAACGCGAUGGAGAGGGAUAGUAGGAGCUGGGAAGAGGUGAUACGGAAGAGGGGUGGGUGGCAUUUGUGAGAGAUCCUGGGGAAUACCCGAGGGCGGAGAGCUUUGGUGGGAAGAGAAUUGAGGACGUGCCUUUGCGGUCUCUUGGGUGUCAUCUGCAUCUGCAGGUACUGAAGUUUAGUGUGGGAUUUAUGGUUGGCAUCUGCAAGUGCAGAUACAUUUCCUUUCGAUGGCAAACCUUGGAAGCACAUUUGACACCUGCAGUCGAAGAACUUUGAAGGGGUACUUUUUGGCGGAGCUUGCUCCGGCUCCUCGGACAUCUGGAGGGUCUUUGGGAGACAAACUAUGGAUUCCAGGAAUGGACUAUGCAGCUUGGGAGCUUUGUCAACAUUACAAGGUGGAAGCAGCAUGCUGGGCGUCUAUCCCUCCAGGCCAAGGCAUGCACGAUAUCGUCAGAACGACUGCCAAGUUGGGAGGUGGUCGGAAAAUCGGCAUCAGACAUGGGGAUUGCUUCGCAUCGCAUAGGAUGGCGGGAGCCUUGGAGGCUUGUUGACAGGUAUUGGCAGUAUUG